AGCGAAAUCAUUUUUUUUAAUCAAUCUCUACUUUACACAACACACACCGCGCGUCAUGAGCCUGGAGAUGCUCCAUGCCGUCUGAGCUCUCUCCAACGGUACCCCGGUUGUAGAGACUGUGUUUGUAUGCAUGUGGCCGUACACGGCCUAUUCCGGUUUAGCUUAUGCUGUGCAGCCUACGAAUUCCGAAGCCGAUACAGAUAGAGCGCCGCGCAUUUCAGUGGUCAAAAUUUACGCUGCACUCGCCUGGUCGAUGCUGAAGCGCGCACGACCUCAGUGCGUCUCGACAGUCGAUGAUGGCCGUCGAUGUCGAGGAGCUUGUCAUCGAACCCUUCCGGGAGGUUGUCGAGCGGGGCAAGGAAGCCGUCGCCAAUGCCGAGGCAGUGAAUGACAGCGGUGAGAAUGAGGAUGACGCCGACCCGUCCAACGACCAAGAUGCGGCGGAAAUGCUCAAGGUAGCACGUUCGCUCGUAAGAGAGGGUGAGAGGGCUUUGCAACGACUACUACCAUUGUGGAAAGAGCGUGUCGACAAAUACGGCGACGCCUUCACGGAGGCUAUGCGACAGAAUGAUAAAAUUCUCGAUAGUCAGAGGCGGCUAGAAGAUCUUCUGUACGAUUUGGACGACUUCGUCCAAGUCGAUUCGUUUGAUGCCACGAAGUUUGCGGAAGUCCAAGCGGCAUCGAAGUCUUUCGCCCUUACUCUAAUGGAGACCAUUAGGAGAUUGCAUAUUGAAGAGAGCGCAUCAUCAUCGGUAUCGACCAUUCCCUCGUGGAUACAGCCGUUGUCGGCACGGGCUCCAAAUGGCAAUAAUAGCAACACGGGCUCUACAACCACUUCAAAGAUGAACGACAACGUUGACAUUAGUGGAACAAAUACCCCAGUCCGGCGGCCAUCUAGUCCUGACAUUUUGGGAGCAGAGCGCGACUUUAUCAGUUUAGUGACUGGUCCUUCUGCCGUCCCACCUUCAAAUUCGCGAACAUCAGCCUGGGUUAGCGAGCAGACGACAACAGCAAAGUUAUGGCCUCGCAGCAAUUCAAUACCUGAAGACGACUAUUAUGUAGGACAACCUAUGAUAUUUAACAACCUCGACAGUGUCGCUCUACACGGCCAGGAGACACCCGUGCCAACAGCACAGCCUAACGCGCCUUAUAGCCCAGGAACCUCUUACAGUAGAGUAUCUUGGUAUACCAGUACUGGAAGUCAUGCCUCAGGGCCUAGGUCAUCAGUUCAUAUCCCUACCAGCGACCAGAGAACGACCUCGCUUGCAAGGCCGGGCCCGUCCGAAAACCGCGGGUCAAAAGAGCUUGGACCGCCGUUGCCCAAUGCGCAACCGGUCUACGAAGACGGCCUCAUACCUACGGAAGAGCUCUUUGACCCACAAGCGAAUUCGUCUUCUGGUUACCAAAUAGGGUUGGAUAGUAGCCUCUAUAUACAGAAGGGAUUGUGUUCUGGUGCACAGACGUACCGAGUCAAGGGACGUAAGAGUGCUACUAAAACUGUGAUGGAAUAUGGGACGAGACGAAGUCUUUGUCGAUGCACGGACUGUGAAUUUACACAAAAUCUAUUAGAAGCUGAGCUUGAUACUGCUCAAGAUUCGACUGCAAAUUUCUGUAAAGCGGGCGUUAUGUUUAGACUUCGUUUUCUAUAUAAAUCGCACUUAACAUCAACCUCGGCGUUUACAUCGCAAUUUGGCUGUCUCUUUUGUGCGCAAAAAGGCCAGACCGUCUAUGCCGACGAUGCAACUGUAUUUACAACACAGGAGCAGCUUUUCAAGCACCUAUCGCGCCACCCGCAGCCCUUACCGGAGAUACCCGGGGUGGUGAUUUUAUAUGGCGACGUAUACAAAGAUAACCCCAAUGCUGAAGAUUACGAUCUUCACUUUCAGAACCCUCCAGUUGCCAGUAUCCUUCCGGAUGCAGCGUCCCUAUCAAAGUUUCCGUCCGCCGUAGCUGUCAAGAGCCACGUCAAGCGAUAUGGGCGCGACCUGACAGACCCUGACGGGAAUUCGGAUCAGGUUACGAAGUUUCUUGAAGGCGCCCGUAUUGUGGGUAUAGAAUUUCCAGAAAAAUGGAAGGGGAAAUGGUGCACUGGUUGGCAUGAUGGCCAAUGGGGCUCAUUUGUUGCUAAGCAUGUGGUUCUGGAACCACCGGCACAACCUCCAAGUCCAAGUACAAGUGCUGAUGGAAUGUUUGUCACGACACGCUGGAAGUGGGAGGUGAAGGAUACAUCAAAUGGAUGGUUGCCACUUGAUAAAGAUGAGACUUUAUCGAAUGUCACCUGGAUAAACCGGGACGACUGGUGCUGGUCAGGCAUGAAGAAGAAUGGGAAAGUAGGGCUUUUCCCACGAUCUCAUAUUAAGAUGGAGUCUCUCCGUGGCAGUGCUGUCUGGCGUGGAGAGGGGGAAGAGGAAGAGAUGCCUAAGGCUAAAAAGCAAGGCAGCUUUGGGUUACCUACGAUUAAGAUGCGGAGGAUGACCAUUGGAAGUUCUACAUCUUGAGGCAGAUUCGGGAAGUGGUGAUCUUAUUUGAUGAGGUACAAAUAACCUACGAUGCUCUGUAUCCGAAAUCUGGAUCUGCUAAAGGGUCUUUAUACAUGUACGGGUAUACUUAUCUAGUGGCUACCGGGUAUUGCGAGGACGUUGGCGUACUUUUGUAUUUGACCGAAGUUUCUACCAAUACAUUUUCGAUUGGUGUAUGUGGAUGGCUGGAAAGAAUAAAGAAAGUCCCCGCACCUCCACAAGUCACCAGCCAUAUCCUCCCCACCUUGGCCG